AUGUUCAGAACGAAAUUUUUUAAUUUGACCUGUUUAUUGCAUCAAUUUCCUGUAGAUGUCGAUGCAUAAAAUGAUUAUAAGGAAAUCAUAAAUAUGUAUUGUUCUUUCAGUUCGUUUUGGUAUAAAAUGCAAAACUUUUAUAUAUAUGUAUUUAAAAAUAAAAUAUACAGACAUAAUAAUACGAAGUUCAAAAAAGUACUACAUACAUAAUGAUGUAAGAGAUAAUGUAAGAAAUUGUAUUGUAAAUACUUGUAGAUAAAAACAUGUGUAAUUAUUGACGUAACAGAAACAGUGAAAAACAUAAUACUGUUAUUAAUUUCGUUUACUAAUAUUAAUAUUUUUAACAAUAUUACAAAAAUUGUAAUAUAUGGCAUACCGUAUUGAUUUCGCAAAAUAACGUUAAAGGUAUAAUAUCAAAUUAAAUUGUAAAAUGAAAUUUACAAAUUUUUAAGCCUUGAACAGUGUAAUACAUUUUUUUAUGUUAUUAAUAAUAAUUCUAAUCAUAAUUUGUGUGUUCAUUUAAGAAUAAUAUUUUUAGUAAUAUCAGUAUUUUAUGUAAUAUUAAACAUCAACAUAAAAUAUAUAUAUUACUUCCUUGUCUUCAGUAAUCAACAUACUCACAUUAUCUUAAUUUAUGAUUGAAAAGUACAUAACAAUCUUAUCAAUGAUAUAUAACAAAGCUGGUUUAAAUCAAACCUCUUCAGUGAUAUAGAGGGAUACUGUUUGAAACAUUUAAAUGAUUUAAUUCAAUGAUGUGUAUCUUAUUUAUUUAUCGUAAUCCUAAUGCUACCUCUGAGUCCUAUCGAUUAAUUUUGGCCUCAAAUCGUGAUGAAUAUAUUAAACGUCCAGCCUUACCUGCCCAUUAUUGGAAAAAUCAUCCACAAUGUUUAGGAGGUACUGAUAUGGAACCUGGAAAAGAAGGCGGAACAUGUAAUGCAGAUGUUCACUACCUCAGUAGCUCUAUCAACUCAAUGGGACCUUCUUCAGAACAGAAUAGUAUACUAGGGUUUAGUAACAGUGGCCUUGACGUUCCUUAUAAAAAAGUUGAAAUAGGAAAAAAAAGAUUUAAAAACAUUGUUAGCGAUGCUAAAGUCUCAAAACAGACAGAAUUAAUUGAAGAUCUUUUAACAUUUUUGAAAUCAGAAGAAAAGCAUUUACCAGAUCCAGAGUUGCAAAAGCGAAAUCGAUCACAUUAUGAAGAACUCAGCUCAAUUUUUGUAUCUGCUGGGGAAUAUUCGACACGUACUCAUUCUAUAAUAUUAGUUAAUGGAAAUAAUGAAAUAACAUUUGUUGAAGAAACACUUAUGCCAGACUUAACAUGGAAGCGUCAAAUAUUUAACAACUUAAUGUGUAACUGUUGAAGUAAGGAACAAUAUUUAUGUACUUAACUUAUUAUUAAUUAUAUAAAUAGUAUAAAACGCGAAAAAGUAUUGUAGUGUACGAUAUUUUGUAGAUUAUGUACAAAAAUAAUAAAGAUGCAUUAUCAUUAUAAAA